AUGAGCGGCGUCUAUCCGGGCGGCAACGGCUACGCGGGCGGGCCGGAGCGCUUCCCGUGGAUCCCCAGCGGCCCCCCCUACUUCGACGGCGCCGGCGCCGUGCCGCCUGGCCCCAGGGUGCCAGCUACUGACACACCUCCCAACCCUGCCUACCCACCCGCCCUCCCAGGGCCCAGCCCCCCCACCCGUGGCUACCCAAUCCUGACCUAUAACCCAAUUUCCGUGCCCCCUCCCCAUCCCAGUGUCCGUCCCGGCAGGGAGGGCUCCAGCUACCCCCACCUGUUCCCAUACCCUCCCCGGCAAUUGCCCCAGACGGAGUGCAUGCCAUACAGGGGCCCGUACCCGCCCAAGGCAGCUGGCCAUUCGGAGUGCACACCACACGACGUGCGGUACCCGCCUGUCCCUGGUGGACAGCCGGACUAUGCGCAGGCGGCGCCUUCUGUGGCUGCCAAGUACCCCAAAGUGUAUGUCGGUCAUGCGGGGGCACCUGAGGUCGAUGACCCGGAGAGGAGGCCUCAGAAUGGGGCUUACGGCUCCAACUUGGUGCCGGUCUCAGUGCCGGGAUCAGGACCACCGCAAGGUGAUCACACGUUGCCUAGCUUCCUGUUGGUGGCUGUCUAA